UCAGACGGCAGCGAGUCGGCAGGCGAAUUAUUACAGAGUCACACAGCGAGAGAGAGAGCCGGCGGAGGUCAGUUUCAGCACCGGAGAAGACGUGAUGAACACCGACAUUACAGCUUCGACCAAGCCAGAGUAUCCAGUAAUAGAUCGGAAUCCUCCAUUUACCAAGGUCGUUGGUAAUUUCGAUACUCUCGAUUACCUCCGUUUCGUCACCAUUACCGGCGUUUCCGUCACCGUCGGUUAUCUUUCCGGGAUUAAGCCCGGGAUUAGGGGUCCGUCAAUGGUCACCGGUGGUCUAAUUGGGCUGAUGGGAGGCUUCAUGUAUGCUUAUCAGAACUCAGCGGGUCGGAUUAUGGGAUUCUUCCCCAAUGAAGGCGAGGUAGCUCGUUAUAAGAAAUAAGAUUGCGCGUUUUCGUGUUCUUUUCUUUCCUUUUUUGCUUUCUUCUUCUGAAAUUUGAGUUCCAUUUGUGGACACUGUUACGAUGUUCAACUUAUUAAGCUUGCAAUCAGGUUGUGUCAAUAAGCAAAUUGAAUCUUCACUUUUUUCUGAAGAUUUUACAUGA